CGGUGUUCUCCUUAAAUCAAUGAAAUGAGCUGAAGUCUGUUUCAGUUCUCGCAACCGUCUUCCACAGUCUUCACCAGCAAGAUCUAUUGUUGCAAGAUGAUGAUAGUCACCAUUGAGAAGUAUCCAGCUGUGCUAUGGGGCAUAUUUCUUUUGUUUUCUGUGGAAUGUAAUAAUGGUACCAACCCAGAAAGCACCAGCACCCACACAGUUACCCAGGUCAUGUUUACCACUGACAAAGCCAGCCAUCUGGGCUCGCCUGAAUCUAUCGGCAACACAACAUCCAAAGUCGACCCCAAAGACCAAGUCACUGUGACCCAAAAUCUUUUUCACAAACUUACAGGUACAAGUGUUCCAACAACAAAAGCAACACCAAAGAAGAUUAUGUCAUUUUCAGUGGAAAAUGGAAAGGCAAUCAGCAGUGCACAAAGUCCAAACCUUGACCCUCGGCACACAACCUCUGGUGUGAUCUCAGGGAGCACUACAAAAAUUAUGGUUACCAACUCUAGUCCAAACUUGGAUGCUAUUGCCACAGUCCUUCCAGCUAUGGAGCUGGGCUCAGAUGCACCGUCAACUUCACCCGCUCUUACAAGAAUUCCAGAAACAGUAAAACAAACACAGCAGCAAUCCUCAAGUCAAGAAUCAGCCAUGACAUCCCUUAAACUGCCUACUACAGCGUCGACUACAGGAUUUGUUCAUACCCUGCAACACAGUUCUACCCAGACGCCUAACAUUACAAUCAGAUUAUCUUCAGUCAUUCCCAAAUUUACUAUGACACCAACCUCCCCCCAGGGAGUUAACUAUUCCACAGUAUCACCCAGUAUUGCCACUAUCUCUACCUUGAGAGGAUCAUCAGCUUCUGAGGCCAGCACCAACUCUUUGCCCGUUAACACAACUAAGACCUCCACCAACAACACUGAGAUUAUUUCCACGUCUCGACGCCAGUCUCCUUCUUGGACACCAACUUCUUCGUCAAUGUCCUCUUCCUCAAAAGGGCCAAACUCUACCACUGAGUUCCCCUCAACCAAUCAGACACUUUCAACCACUUCUAACAUCUCAACCACUGCUGUCUCCACCAAUUCUACUGCGGGAGUUUUCAUUCCUCAAGUUCCCAGGAGGUUGCCAUUUUUUACCACAAAACCGACCCAAGCAACUUUGACAGCAACCUUCAAAAACGUUGCACAUGGCUCAGGGGUCCAGCCUUGCUUCAGCAAAAAAAAUGGUUUGAUUAACAAGUGUCUUAUUGCUAUUGCCUCCCUGGCUGGGUUGGCCACUUUGUUUAUGGUGGCAACUGUUAUUCUCUGUGCCAAAUUGUCCUCCCAGAAGCACAGUUACCAAGUCAAGAAGGAUCAGCAAGGUACCGAGAUGGUGUGUAUCUCUGCUCUGCUACCAGACAGAAACUUCUCAUAUGAGAGACAGCAUAACCCAAAGACCAGGGGAGCCCUUCUGCCCAGCUCAAAAUGGGACAGUGAUGAGGAAGGAAGUGAUAACCUCACACUCAACAGCUUUCUUCCAGAAAAUGACAAUUUCGUGUAGACAUACUAACAUCGUGAGGGUUGUUGGUGUGGCCUAUUGUACACUUAACUCAUUUGGGGAAAGAGGUGCAAAAGCCAAAACCAGAAUAAAUCAUGUAACUUGUGUUUGUUACCUGCAUUUGGUAAAGUUCAUGCAUUAUCAUGUAGUAGUUGUGGUUGCUGAAACACAGUUUGUACAAUUGUCUAGUUGUGAGACUUCCAGCCUUAGAAGAUGUAAUGCUCUUAGGUCAUGGUGAGAAGAGUGAUGAAAGAAAUUUUAGGAAAGUUGCUUGAGAUGAACACUGAUUGUAUUUCACUUGGCAACUAGAGACAUUCUCACAGGGUUUGAAUUCCUUCAAGAGGCUUUUUCAUCCAUCACUGCGUGCGUGUGUGUGUGCGUGCGUGUGUGCGUGUGUGUGUGUGUGUGUGUGUGUGUGUGUGUGUGCCCUCAUACAGUUUUUUGAAAUGUGCAGAGGUUGCUUUGUGUGCUUGCUGUAAAGAUAUUGUUUACCCAGAGUUUAAUUAUUACGUGCAUAAGGUAUU